ACUCGCGCACGACUACAUAAAUGCUGUGCUUCGCACCGCAUUAAAAAAAAAAAACUCGCGACGGACUACAUAAAUGCUCCUGCUUCGCAGGGCAUUAAAAAUGCUCCUGCUUCGCAGGGCAUUAACUAGAUGGUAUUCGAGUUUCGACUCGAAUACGAAAUGCGGUGCGAAGCACGAAUUUCGAAGAAAACUACUUCUCAAAUAAAGACGAAUAGUCGUUCUCAACACUAUCGUAAUUCGUUUUCGCUGUGUGUAAGUUCGACUGUGAUCGAAACUGUUUGCAGCUCAGUUUUCAAUCGAAAACGAAACAUUUUUAUCAAAACAACUGAUCUAACUUAGAAUCGACAUAAAAGCCAUCAAUUCUGAAAUUCAUCACUACGGGAACUCUCCCAAAGCCUAUCCACAGAUUUCUAGAAAUCGCUAUUCACUGAUCCAUUAAUUAUCUAUAUGAUUCAUUAUCUAGUAUCAGCUGUAUUCACAGCUGCUUGACAUAUGAGAAAAGCGAGUGGCGCCUAACUUUGUUUUAUGUUUUCGAUUUUAAUUAUCUCAAAAGAAAAUGGCAAAUAAAUAUCUUCAUAUUUGUCAUUUUCGGAAGCUGCUUAUAAAGAAAUUAUACAUGUUCAUAAGAAUUUUGAUAAAAAAGGUAGCAUUUCGAUCUCGAUACUUUGACUUCCCGUUGAAACGAGUAUUUUCUGAGUUUCCGUUCUUGAGAUCGCCGCGACACAAAAUGAUGAUUUGUGUGCGUACGUUAGUUAAAAAGAAAAAAAAACUAGAUGGUAUUCGAGUUUCGACUCGAAUACGAAAUGCGGUGCGAAGCACGAAUGUCUCGAAUUUUCGAAAAAACAAUAUUUCGAAGAAAACGAAAAUUCGAUUGUCGAGUUAAUAGAAAUCGUCACUUCUGGUUGAUUUGUGGACGGACUACCGAACAUAGAUACUUGUCUGUAGUACUCGAAUUCGAAAAAUUACUUUUUCACAACUCAGCUGAUAUAAGUCGUGAGAAAAUUGAAAAGUACCAUAAUGAAAUUCAUCGCCAAGAGAACUCUAUGAAAGGCUAUGAACACUUUUCUGAAGGACGAUUUCGAUUGAUCGUUUAAUUAUCUAUAUGAUUCAUUAUCUACAAUCAGCUGUAAUUACAGCUGUUUGACAGAUGAAGACGAUACAAUGGUCCCUAACUUUUCUCUUUAUUUUUAUUUUAAUUAUCUGGAAAUGGAAGAAGCUCUAAGUUCUGUCAAAUCCGUCUUUUUGGAACGAUAUUUGUGAAUGAAUGGAAUGUUCGAUUAAAUAUUGGAAAAAAUGUUGCCGCAGUUCGAUGUCGAUACUUGUACCUCUCGUUUCAAGUGUUUUUUUGUGACUCUCGGUUUUCGAGAUCAUCGCGACUCAAAAUGACGAUUUGUAAUGGGUAUUCGAGACUGUUAUGAUAUAAACAUUUAGGAAUUCUUAUAAAAUAUUAAAAUAAUCUUCAUAUUUUUCAUUUAUAAUAAUAAAAUAUAGUUAUCUGCAAUCUUUUUAAAUUCAUCCUUGAUGAUUUACUUUUGUUUAUAUAAAAACUUUACUUAUUCUAUAAAGCAAGUCACUUUUCACAUAAGAAUUAAUAAAUUUUUUAUUAUAAUAUGUUUGAAAAUGUUUCUUAUCUCUAUGUACUUUGAUUAAUCAAUUACUCGAAAGUAGUUUUUGAAAAAUAGAAUUUUUUUAUGAAAACUUGCGAAGUUUUGUCAUUUGUGUAAUAAAAAAAAAGUUUGAAAAUUAUCUACUAUAGUUAAACGUUAAUUGCAUUGAUAUUUGCAAAUGAGAAGUAGAUCAUAGAUAUAUAUUAUGAAAUUUAUCCCAACAACUUUGACUAGAAAUAAUUACUAUUAUAAUAAAGAUUUUUUUGCAUUUUAAAAGAACAAUAUUGACUAUGAUUGAAUUAUGUUUUUUUGAUAAAAAUAGAACGGGUAAUUGAAUUAUAGGAAAAAAUGAUUCGAUUUCCUGAUAUAUAAAUGAAAAAUGAUAGUUUUUGAAAGUAAGAAUCAUUUAUUAAAAUAAUAAAUAAAUAAUAAUUAUAUAAAAUGAUUUAAAAAUAUCUUCAUCUUAUAUAUAUAAUAUAAUAUUAAAACGAUCUCACUAGUCAUCAAUUUAAAUCAAAACUAAUAUAUCUGUAUUCGAACAUAUAUUUAAUAUUUUCAUUGAAAUAUUAUUUUUAAUUUUGAAAAAAUUCUAAGAGAAAAUCUGUAUGAAAGAAAAAAAAUCGACUCUGUUUUAAGAAGAUCAUUUGAAACGAACCAAUAGAAAUCUUCCUUUAGUUUUCUUUGUUAAAAAUACUUUCAUUUAUCAUAUAUUAAAUGAUUCAGUAAUUAUUCGUCAUCAUUAUUUUUUUUUCUAAAUUUAAUUGAAACAAGACGUUGAUUUAAUUCAAUAAUACUCUUUUUAUUUAUUAAUUACACGAAAAACGAUGUUAAAUUUUGGUGAAUACUUUAUCUUUGUUUUCUUUAAAAUAUUUAAGAAUAUUAUGGAAGCAUUUUCUAUUUCAAUUAGAACAAUAUCAAAUAACAAAUAUUGUCAAACAUGAAUAAAUGAAUGUUUAACUUUUAAAAUAAAAAGAAUGUCUCGUUAAAAAGAAAGAGCAACGAAUAUAAAUGAUGAUAGUAUAUAUAUAUGUAUAUCGUGGUUAUUUUGUUUUCGAUUUGUUAAUUAAAAUAAUAUGUUCAAUAUUAGAGGUUUCUAUUUAGUGUCUGUCUAUCUAUUAACCUAAUGUUUGUUGGUUUGACUAAUAUUAUCAAGUGAAUUUAAAAAAAAAAAGAAUGAAGAUUAUUGAUGAUUUUCUUGUGUUUUUUCUUGUAGAUGAUGACUUCAAUGAACUAAGUCAAACAAAAGUACUUAUUUAUUUGUCGAUUGAAUCGAUUUGCGAAAAAACACGAACGAAAGACAAAAAACAAAUCUAAAUGUAUACCAAUAUAAAAAUGAUUGAAUUGUCGUUAGAAUAAUAUGUCAAUGAACAAACACAGGCAUAUAUGUUAUUGAAAAAGGAAUUACAAAUAAAAACAAUUUCGAGUGUAUUUUUCAAUAGAUUUUCAUUUACCUGAUUUAUUAAUGUAAGUUUUUUUGAUUUAAAUCAAUCCCAAUCAUUGUUUUUUAUUAUUUUAGAAAAAAAAGAAAGCAAAAUAUUAAUUAACGAUGAUGAAUCAGUUGAAAUGUUAUAUUCAAAAUUAUGUCUUGAUUUAAAUAUGGAUAUGGAACUAAACUUAGAUGCAUGGCGUUCAUAUGAACAUAUUCGUAAUUAUUAUGCGUUAGAAGGCGAUCAAUUACAUUGGUUAGCUGCAUCAUUAUAUGUAUCAUGUAGACGAUAUCCUCAUAUAACAACAUAUGAUAAUAAUCCAAUAUAA